GCAGCCAUCUUGGAGGCUCGCGGCGGCGGGAGCGGCAGCGGCGUCCGAGGGAGCCGCCGGCCCGCCCAGGCUGAGGGGAGAGUCCGAGUUGCGGGCCGCCCCUUCCCCUUCCCCUUCCCCGAGGCGGCCUUGGGAGGGCCCCGAGCCCAGCGGGGAGAGGAUGAGCGGCACCAGCAACAAGCGCGCACCCACCACAGCUACCCAGAGGCUCAAGCAGGACUACCUGCGCAUCAAAAAGGACCCGGUGCCUUACAUCUGUGCUGAACCGCUCCCAUCCAACAUCCUUGAAUGGCACUAUGUUGUACGGGGACCCGAGAUGACACCGUACGAAGGUGGCUAUUACCACGGGAAACUGAUUUUUCCCAGGGAAUUUCCUUUUAAACCUCCUAGUAUUUAUAUGAUCACACCAAACGGAAGAUUUAAAUGCAACACAAGGUUGUGUCUUUCAAUCACGGACUUCCACCCUGACACAUGGAAUCCCGCUUGGUCGGUCUCGACAAUCCUGACGGGCCUCCUUAGUUUUAUGGUCGAGAAAGGCCCCACUCUGGGCAGUAUAGAAACGUCGGAGUUUACGAAAAGGCAGCUUGCGUCACAGAGUUUAGCGUUCAACGUAAAAGACAAAGUCUUCUGUGAAUUGUUCCCGGAUGUGGUGGAGGAAAUAAAGCAGAAACAAAAGGCGCGGGAGGAUCGCCACAGCCGGCCCCCGACUCUCCCCCUCCCCGACGUCAUCCCAGACGGGGAAGCGCACCACGUCCAGAACGGGCUGCCGCUCCUGAACGGGCACGUGCCGCUGGCAGCCGCCGCAGCCAACCACCCCGGCCUGCAGCAGGCGAACCGGAACCACGGACUCCUGGGCGGAGCUUUGGCGAACUUGUUCAUUAUAGUCGGCUUUGCAGCCUUCGCCUACACGGUGAAGUACGUCCUGCGGAGCAUAGCGCAGGAGUGACGCUGCUCCCCCCUGCGGUUCCAAGACCAAAAUUAGCGGUAGCGGCAGAGGAAAAAAAAUUACAUUUGGGACUCCGUGGGUAUCAGACUCCCGACUCUGGGAUAAAUACCAUGAUGUACAGGUAAAAAGAAGCUCCGGUUUGGCUCAUGGGUUUGGUUUUGAGGCGGAGGCGGCACGCACGUUAGGUUUUGCGGCAGAUGCGGUGGAGGGCAGAGGAGGAGCAGAGGAGGUGCUUCCCAUCGAAAAUUCCUGUUAAAAGAGGCGAAGUCUUAAGAUCUAAAGGCGGAGCGGACGCAAGUGGAGCGUGUCGUGGUCUUGGUUUUUAAUUUGCAUCCGACCCCUUUUGAAUUCCUUAAGGCCCUCAGAGUCGACUCGCACGUUUGGGGACCUCGUGGGACUGCCAGUGACACAGGAGGCAGCAGCACCAGGAGGAAGGGAGGAGAAAUCCGUGUUGCUUAGCCACCUGGCUGUCUUCUGCGGCAUGUUCCUUGCUUGGCCGGAAAAUAUGUCUUGGAGCCAUCUGCUGGGGAACAGGGAAGGAUUUGGGGAGGAAAAACAGAGAGGGAGUCUUCUGUGCCCCUCUCUCCAUUCAAACGCCUCCCCCACCCCAAGCCACCCGCCUCCCACACUGCCAUUUGCUGCUGCUGAAUGUAAACCACCCUUUGAGUUGUCCCAGUGGUGCAGUUUUUAAAUUCUGGCCCUCAAGAACCACACUGGUUGCCCAGCCUCUGGCAAACCGCAUGGGAAAGUCCUCCUCCGGGCAGCCGUUUUUUCACGGUGGGUUUUAGCAUUGAUGUUCUGCUUUUGGGUUUUCCCCUCCCUGCGUCUCCCCCUCACACCCCAUCCCCAAAACACCUCCUUACUGUGCCUGAUUACGUGAUUGCUCCCUUUUAAACUGUGUAAAGUUCUUCGUUUGGCCCCUGGCUGUCACGAGUGAGAUGGGGAUUCGUUCUUGAAGGAAGGGAAACAAAUGCCAGAGCCGGUGGCUUCGGAAAGGAGUUUUGGUGGACGUUUUUGGUGUGGAGUUUGUUGAAUGUGAAGCCACAUCAGCUGUGUCCUGUGGGUCGCACGUGGCUUGUGCGCAGGAGUCUCUCAGGUACAGGUGGAACUGACGUGUCGAUCAUCAACCAUCUUUACUCGGUUGUGAGUAACUUUGUUCCAGUUGAAUGUUCGUUCUUUCUCUCUCUCUCUCCCCACCCCUCCCUGUGGCCCCCAGGGCAAGCUAAACUAACUCAUGGGAAGCGGGCAAGCUCCCGAGGCCUUCUGGAUGGUGUUGGACUGCACUUCAGGUGGCUGGGCAGGUGUUGGGAGUCCAGUGACACCUGAGGGGCUGUUAGUCGCCUGCCCCAGGUUUAAGUCAGGGCUGUGGGGACGUGCUGUCCUGCCUGCUCCUUGCAUGUAGAAAGCUAGCCUCCUGGGGGCGAAGCCAGUCAGCCUUUCGGAGGGUUUUUUUUCUGCAGGAGAACUCAGACAUGCAAGAGGCACAUGCCCCGGCAGUUCUGGGAAGUCACUGACCCGUUGGGCCUGGCGGUUCUCAGAGCAGGCAGCUCAUGGUCGCUUCCGGUUCUGCCCACUCUGGAGUGAUGGCACACGCCACAAUCGGCCUUGCAGGGCGGCUGUCGUGCAGAUGGGGCGCUGCCAGACCCCUUGCCUUGCCAAGGGGACAGUUCAGUGGCCCCAACUUGCAAAGGUGCAACCUGUCCUGCUCUGUAACGGAAGCUUUUCUUGCAUCCAAGGUCAGCUUUGAGAUGUGGUUUCUUGGCAGGAUUUUUUGGUCCAACAAUUUUUUCCAAAUCCGUUGGCUCACUCCGGAGUUGAGCCCGAGUGCCUUUUCAAAACAUCUGUGGCUUUCUUUAAAUGUCACCCACUUUACAAUCACAGCCUUUUACUGAGGGAAUAUUGGUAAUAUUGGCCCGGGCCCCUGUAUUUUUACAUCUGCCACAUACUAGAUUCUUCUAAAACAUUCUCCUUAGCUCAAAUAAAGGUUAUUUCCUGUA